AUGGGGAUCGCUCAUUACGAAGGUGCUCGCCUUCGACCUCGCACCAACAUUGAAGAUGUCUCUUCAGCUUCCCAGAAUGGAGUCGCAUCGUCUUCCUCGAUCUUUCGCCGACUCGUCACCCGAGAGAACUGCCAAGACACGGACAGUUGUGCAGCAGCCAGCGCCAACACGAACUUGGUAGUUCCCAUCGUUGUCGCUAUUGUGGUUCCUAUCGUUCUGAUCGCAAUCUUCUUAUACUACCUCCACCGUAAGAACAUGAAGAGGCAGAUGCUUGAGGAUGCGAAUGAUCCUCACAAGAGCCUGGACUUUGGCCUCGACGGUGGCGGCGGAAAGAAGUCUGCCCGCCGAAGUCUCUUUAUGGGAGGGGGUGAGAAGGGCCUCAACCAUAAACCUAGUCAGCUCUCGAUGGACAUGAACCUCUCUUCGCCCUACCUGCUGCCACCCGGCCUGCAGGAGUCGCGAGAGUCGCUCAACUCGUUGGCUAAGUCUUUGGGAAAUGAUAACCAGGACCCUUACCAGUAUGUCGCGACCAUCACGCAAAGCGAGACCGGCUCAUUGCGGUCCUUUAAUCCCAAGGAUUCCCUCUCGCACAAUACUAAAUUCAGUAGUCCUCGUAACUCUGGCAAGCCUGGUAGCAUGAAGAUGCCCCCAUCUCGCAUGAACUCCCUGCCUGAGACGCCUGUUUCUGCCACCGACUCCAAGGUCGAUCCUUUCGGCACUCCCAAGGCGCCUGCGCCAACUCACCAGCCAAACUCUCACUUCGACGAGAAGGAUGGAUUCCAGCCUACUGCAAUCAUUCCUGAGAUUGGAGUGGUUUCCGAUUUUGAUGAGAAGCGUGAUGGCGCCUCCGUACAGCCACCUCCCGCAGUGAGGAGCAAGACUCCCGAGUUUGAGUUGCCCAACUUCUCCUCGGAGCCCGCCAACGAUUUCCCUCUACCUCCUGCCAGGGAGCAUGAGGCCACUGGUCUGGGUUUGAACUUCUCUCUUCCUCAGCCUAAAUCCCCAACUGUGACUUCCCCUGAUGCUCCCAAGUCCGCUCCUCUCCCUCACGACCGCCAAAGUGAUGGUUCCAACUAUCAGUCCUACACCCCCGCGGCUGACAUUUCAAGUUACUACGAAGACCAUGAGGACGAUUCCCGUGGUCGCACCAUGCAACGUACCUCAUUCGUGGAGGAUACACCUCAGUACCAAGGCCUAGGAGUUCCCCAGCAGGAUAACAAGAGACUCUCAGUCGGAUUCCGUCCCCUUCCUCCGGAUGAGAUCACAGAGUCUGAGGACCCCGAAUACCGUGCCAACCGUAUCCGUUCUUUCUACAAGGAGUAUUUCGAGGAUACCAAGGAGGCACCCCCGCCUAUGCCCCCCAUGCCCCCAAUAGCUCAGGGCAGAGCCGGCCCUCAGUAUUACGAGGAUGUUGACCAAGGCUAUAUGAUGGGCGGUGAUCAAGCUUACUUUGAUCCUGAGACAAAUGCCUUCGUCAUGCCCUACGCCCAGCCCGUCACUCGCCGUGCCAUGACACCUCCCCCAGCUGGCCGCCGCCCUGGUCCUGGUCGUCCCGGACCUCGUCCUCGUGGUCCCAACGGUUCUAUUGGUGGUAUGAGCUACCAGAGCGGACCUGGAGGACGUUCCCGCGCUGGUUCUGCUCUUGGCCCUCGACCUGAUUCUUCAGCCUCAGCGCGAAUCCGACAACCCCCCAGGAAGAGACUUCCACCACCCGCACCCUUGACCACUCUUCCAACUCCCUCCAAGCUCAAGGAUGAUAACAUCGCUCUCAUCAACGCUGCUGACUUUGCUCCUCCCAACACCAUCCGUGACACUGCAGCUGGUCGCUCUCAAAGUCCCUUCGGCGAGCGACGACCUUACUCCCCCUCUGUUCCUGCUGCUCAGACUCUUGUCUCGCCUUUCGAGGAGCUGACUGCUCUACCCAGCCCCCAUCUUCUCCGCAAAUCCAGCACAUUCACUGGACUUGACUUCGCACCUCCCAAGAGAUUCAAGGAUUCCGACAACAUGAGCGACGCUGGAAGCAUCAGGAGUAACCGCAGCGGCAUGUCUCAGGCUCAGCUUGGUGCCAUCCGCGGCGGAGCUGGACGUGUAAGUCGCCUGCCUGGCGACCAAGUGUUCACCCAACAAGCGCUGCAAGAUACAUUGAAGCCUUCAUGGGGAAUUCGACCUUGA